UGAACAGUUCAGCGGGAGGGGCACCGAGUUCCCUGUCCGUGGCUGACUUCGACCGGAAGCGGGAGCAGCCGCAGCUGCGGGAGGCGAAGUGCCCCUUGCGGGCCGAGGGAGCCAUCCUUGGCCCUUUUAAGAGCAAGGCCCCUUUAAGGAGCAGCCGUUCGCCUGCUUCCUGCUGGCUCCCUGGGCGUGCACAGCCCGGCUCAGCCCUGGGGUUGGGCGGCCGGCUGCACCCUGCGACAUUCAACUGGCUGCAAACCCCGCCCGGGCGCACCAGGAAGGAGCCUGGCAGCGGGGCACUCGGUCCCCGCCAGCUUGGGCCAGCGCAGGGAUCAGCCGUCGGGGCUUGCAGACCCGCUCCCCCAGGGCAGCGGCCAGAGCAUCCUCUGCCCAGCCCAGGGUGCGCAGCCGGCAGAGCCCGGGGCAAGGAGCCCGCUGCGCCCGGAGCAGGGGAUGCCAGGGCCAGGCCGGAGCUAGCCAGGGCCACAGGGGCCAGUGGGAGCAAGUCCGCGGCAGGCCCUGCCGUGCCCCCGCCCCGGGAGGGAAACUGGCAGCCGCGAGAAACCCGCCGAGCCGGGCCCCGCGCAAGGCAUUCCUGCGGCAUUAGCUCAUCCGGAGCCCAGCCGCGCCGCGCCUGCCAGGCUCCGCCGCCGAGAUCGCGCCCCUCUGCGGCGCCCCGUGGCCCCCUACCCCGCUGCACCCAGCCGUCCGCUCCCCGCAGGAGCCCGCCGCUCCGCGCCCGGCGGGGCCCCGCUGUGCCGGCGCGCCAUGGUCUCCUGGAUCAUCUGCCGCGUGGUCGUGCUGGUGUUCGGGAUGCUCUAUCCGGCCUAUGCCUCCUACAAGGCCGUGAAAACCAAGAACAUCCGAGAAUACGUCCGCUGGAUGAUGUACUGGAUUGUGUUUGCACUCUUCAUGGCUAUGGAGACCCUCACGGAUAUGUUCGUUUCCUGGUUUCCCUUCUACUAUGAGAUCAAGAUGGCGUUUGUCGUGUGGCUGCUUUCCCCCUACACCAAGGGAGCCAGCCUACUCUACCGGAAGUUCGUGCACCCCACGCUGUCCCGCAGAGAGAAGGAAAUCGACCUGUACAUCACCCAGGCCAAGGAGCGCGGCUACGAGACCAUGGUGAACUUCGGCAAGAAGAGCCUCAACAUCGCAGCCACAGCUGCCGUCCAAGCUGCGACCAAGAGCCAGGGAGCCCUGGCCGGGCGUCUGCGCAGCUUCAGCAUGCAGGACCUGCGCGCCAUCCCUGAUGACGCCCCCGUGCACUACGAAGACCCCUUGUACCUGGAGGAGCAGGAGAUGAGGAGGCGGCCGAUAGGUUACAGAACUGCCUCGGCCGGCCGGCAGCCAGGGCGCGAGAGCGACACGGAGGAAGAAGAGUGUUGGUCGGACUCUCAGAUCUCUCCCAAGGCUCCGCCCCGCAGCCGGGACUUCGCGCUGUCCAAACCACUCUCCAGGAGCCAGAGCCUGCGUGUCGUGAAGAAGAGACCCCAAGUCAAAGAGGGCUCUUCCAGGCUGGUGCGGGGCCGGGCGAGGAAGAAGACAGUGCAGCCGGAUCAGGACAGUUAGUUAACCCACAAGAGCUGGGCUUCACCGGGAGUCUUAACCUGAUGUGAUUUGGCUGUCACACCAGGGGCGGCACCUGUCUCCGUGGGGCCACGUGCCACUUCCUGCUACAUACCUGGCAGAGGAGAUCGCUGUUUCUAAUGGGGCUGGGGGUCCCUGUACACCCCACUGUAAAUAUCUUGUCCCCCCUCUCCUCCCCGAGAGGUCCCAGUACCUUCCUGUCGACACCCUGCUGCUCUCUCUGCCCCAGGAGCUGCCUCUACACAACGCUCCCCGUCCCCCUGGGAGUAAAUAGCCCAGCACCAGGCCUGCUGCACUCUGUGCACGUGGGCUUCUGUCUCAACCCCCCUGCUGUUCUGCUGGGCCCCAGCCUGGCUCCUUCGCAGCUGGGUUAGCAGCACUUUAGACCAUGGAGCUACUGCACGUGCCCUGUGACUGUCCCAAGGGGAAAGGCCCCUCCUCCGUGCCUCCACCGAUCUGCUGCAGGUCAGCUCCCGUGCCUCCGACCCCUCCUCCUGCCGUCCGCCCUCUGACCCGUGCAGUUGUGCCCGCCCUGGAGUGUCUUGCAUCCCUGGCACUGUUCCUGUAGGGCGAAGGCUCUUGUUUCACUCAGGUUUCUCUGCUGUCCACCACUGCCCGGUGUGCCUGAGCGCCCUGGGUGGGUGUGAUGAACGGCUUUCUCUCCUGCUUGUGGGUGAGGAGCUGUGGUGAGUAGCAGCCUGGACCAUGCCCCGGAGGGUCACAGGCGCGCUGUGUCCUGGGCGUUACAUCCUCCUGCUCUUCAGUCUCUGAUGGACAGGUUUGGGGGGAUAUUUAUUUGUAGAGUAACUAACAGUUGCCUUAUGGAAUCUGAGUGACCCUCUCCGGUCCCUCUGUUCUCGGGGGUCAACCACAGCACAUUUGUGGCUGAAAUGGCUGAUGCUUUAAGCCAAGCUGUGCGCUUCUGUGAGCGGUCAGCUCUCCAGAGAUCUGUUUUGGAUCAAAUGAUCCAUCUCUGAAUGGAACGUACACAGCAGCCCAGAGCCUCCCUUAUUUACUUGGUGACCUCUUCUAAACAUCCCAGCGGUAUCGAAAGGCAGAGGUGUGGUGCGGUGAGAACUUUCUCUUCUAAGUUACACAAAACUAAAGACCUCGAGUGCCAAAGAUCCAUGCGCUUUAGACCCAGAACACAGCACUGGGAGUCAGUCACCUCUCUGCCCCCCCAUGGAUUUCUGUAGCCACCCCCGUCUCCCCUGACUGCACCUCAAGGAUCAGACCCUCCACAGCCUUGCCUCAAAUCCUUGUUACUUGAAAACAGACUGAUUUCUCAGUAGCCCCACUUCUGUGUCCUUUACCCUCAGCUGACUUUUAUGUUAGACUGUCAUGUAUAGAGCUUUUGUAUAUUUAAAUACAUGAACUUGUGAAAUGA